GAUAUUAACAAAGAAGAAUCCAGAUGGGGUGCAGGUGCUGUAAAAUGAUACAAAGCUAUAUCUUUGAUCCCCAAGAAGUGCAGACAUCGGGGUACAUUAAUGAAAUCAACAACUACAAAUCCGACACUCAAGACGGAGGGAAAUUCAAAGGCAGGCACAACGUGGAGAUCCGAGUCCAUAAGAAUGAACUGCAGAGCGCCGAGUCGCAGCCAUCCGUGAACAGAAAUAAAUUAAACAACGCCAAGGAUGCCGUCCGGAACCACAGGAACACGGCGCUUCAAGAGGAAGGGCUCAGUAACUCUCGCGAAAAGAGCAACGUUAAUGUCAACGGCGUUCAUUCCUACUCCAAUCUCAAAUCCAACCACAACACGAACCAAAACAAAGAGGUCGGUACGCACGUCUGCCCAGUUCAGCCGCCCAACUCUUCAGCCAAAGGGCUCUUGCAGCCAAAAGAGUGCAGUGACACGCGCCCAGAAGCAGACCUCCCAACGCUACCAUCGGUGGCCACAGAAAGCAGCCAAUACAGGCAGUUACUGACAGCAGGAGAAAAUGGCUCUGUCACUCCAGGUGCCACGCUGGAGGCUCAAAGCAAGGACACGUGUCCACCUGACCCAGUCAUCUCAAAAAAUGCCAAUCAGCAGGCAGUGUCUGGAAGUGAGAGUCUGUCAAACAACCACACACAUUCAGCUCAAAGCAUAGAACUCACCGUCUUAAACGAACACGGGGGCAAGGCCAAAAAGUGCGACCCAGGCGAUCAAGCCUGCAGGGCAGGGACUUCCAGUGGGUGUCUUGAGGACCAAACAGUCCGUGAUAUCCCCACUCCGAGGCCCAAGCCAGGAGCCUCGCCGGAAACCGGACAGGUUUGCCGCGGAGAGUUUAAUGGAGAAUUUGAGGGGGAGGACGCAGACAUAGCAGAGGCCUUGGCAGCACUGGAGGCUGCAACAGCGGGAGAAGAUUUCGAGGAGGAGGAGGAGGAGGAGGAGGAAGGAUAUUAGACCGUAGCGAUGACGCGUAUACUGAGAAGUGGCUCUUCCCGGAGAUGUGUAAAACACUACCCAUGAGGACUCGCCUUUUGUGGGUAACAGCUGCCGGUCUUUGCCCAGGACACCAGUUAGCUGAUGGAGCAGAAUCUCUCACGAGGAAAGCGAAUGGCCCGAAACAGCCACUCCACGCCCAGCACUGCACUUUCUUGAGGGCUAGUCUGCUGCUUGUACUGCUAAGCUCCACCAUCCUACAUCCUGAGGUGGGUCUUCCUCUCCCACCAAAACAACCCUUCUUUGCUGCUAUCCUACCACCUCCACAUGCAAAGAAUGUAUAAGAAGCCAAGAAGGGCGACUUACGUACGAUCUUCCUACACAGAGAGAACUCAAACUAGAACCGUUGCUUUAGUCAAGGCCUCUAGUUCACCUAAAGGGAGAGAGAGAGAGAAAGGAGUACACUCUUGGUAAACUGUUGCACCAAACUUCCCGUUCGGUCAGGGACUGUGAGG